AUGUUCGUCUUUUGGUACGGUCCAGUCCGCGUAAGAGCGCCGGUCAAAGAAAGCUGGUCGGCGGCUACAAUAGUGAUGUUUAACCAAAGAAUGAUUGAGUGAUGAGGAAUCCUCUUGAGAAUCUCAAACACCAUCGUGGACCUCGUUGCUCACGAUGUGUAUUUGACGUCUCUAGCAAGUGGCCACAAAUGUUAGUGUAGUGGACGGCUGUAUCGAUUUUUUCUCCCUCCGCCCCACUAUAUGCCAUCCUACGCCAGCAUUUUUGCUUUUAUGUCUUUUUUGAUCGACAAGUAUUCAAAUCAAAUUUUUCUCAGGGUUUGCGAUGAAUUGAAUCAUUCGAUGUCAGCUUUCGAUGCCGAAGCACUUAGUGACGAAAAUGUGCAUGUUAAAGAGUUGAAAAGAGUGAGUUUUGCAUCAUUUCUGCUUUGAACUUUUUUAUUAGAUCUUUUUUUUCAUUCAAAAUGCCUUUUUACUUGAUGGCCUGUAAAAAAUCUUGCAGAUUCAUUGAAAGCUUUUAAUCGGUUCAGUUUUGAUAGUUUAUGAACUUUUUAAUUAGAGGAUAUUUUCAGCCAGCAAUGUACAUGAUCAAAAAAAGGCCUUGUGGAAAUUUUCAGAAAAUUUUUACAGCACCAGAAUCUAUAAAUUUUUCUCUUUGGCCCACGAAAAAUUGUCAUGAAUAUGCACCCCUAACGCUGAAGCUCAGCAAGAAUUUGCCGAAUGUAAAAUUUAACGAUGAAUAAAAAAAAACUCAAAUUGCAUUUAUAAUAUUCCGACAAUUUUCAGCUUUUCAACGCCAGCAAUGUAGAUAGGAAUGGCGCCUUGUCACGGGAAGGAAUCGUUAUUUUAUGCGAAAAGCUGCAUUUACGAGAUUUCUCCACGUUUAUUGCCGAACGCGUUUUGUGCAAUGAAGAAACGGUCAAUUUCAAGGUGGUCUCGCAUUUUACUUCCACCAGGGCACAUUUCUUUUUUCAGCAGUUCAAAGACAGAUUUCUCUCGUUUUUGCCGGAUAUCAUCGAUCUUGCCUCUGGGAACGCCGAUCAGCUGAUUAUCCUUGCACAUAAAACAUCCACGGCUCUUGGAUUCCAAGAAACUCGGAAGUAAUUUGUAUUCCUUAUUUGAUAUUUUAAUUAAUUUAAUCGGAAGCUGAAAAUCAUGAAAUUUCUAAACUAGUGCGAGAAAACGAAGGUUGCAUGGAUUUGUAUGAGAUUUUUACUAUUUACCGUUAUCUCGAAACAACUUGGAGUUAUUCUGAGCUACAAUAUAAAAAAUGACUUGUAUAACAAUAAAUGUGAAUAUUGAGAAAAAUUUUUUUUUUGGUCUGUAUAGUAUUUAUUGAUUUUUUUUUUAUAUUGCCAUGAAAUAACUCAGAAAAUUGAUUUUUUUUUUCGUUUUUGAUGAAAAAUUAGCAAAGUAUUAUUGGUUCUAAAAUUUUCAAAAGUUUAAUUUUUUUCACCAGACACACUGUUGAAUAACUGACGUUUUAAAUUGCGCGUUUUUCUGAUUCUUUCCGAAGUUAGUUAUAAAACUUUUGUAGCUUCAAAAGUGUGAAGGAGGCAUUUUAAUGUAUAUGUAUGUAUACAAAAUGAGAAUUUUCUUACUUAUUAUUCAAAGUUAAUCAAAUAAAAACAAGUUUUUUCUGUAAACCCAAAGUUUCCAGGUUGUCUGUAUACGACAUGCGAUUGGUUUGCGAAAACACACCGGAGCUGGAUUUAUUGUCCGCCGUCGAUAUAAACCUUUUGUUCGAAAAAGUAGCUCGAGGCGGGAAAGCGUCGGUUUCGGAGUUUGUCGCUCAAUACAGAAAACAGAAACGAGUACCCGACGAGGUUUUAUUCUCCAAAACUUUUUGAAAAACGUUGAAUCAAAAUUUUCAGGUUCACUUCACAGCCGACUCUUAUCGAAUAUCAACUUCAAAUUUAUUUGAAUCACUUGAUGUGCAGAAAACUGGGUUUCAAUUAUUUUUCCAUUUUAAUUUUGUUUCUGCUUAUUCAGAAACGUCGAUCGAAAUGUACUGGUUGAAUGCCUCACAUCUUCUGGUUUGAAGAUCGAAGACAUCUUGGAUCUUUUACAGGCAAGAAAUUCUCAUUUUGUUUGAUGUAUUUUUUUUCGCUUUUUUUUUUACAGGAGUUGGGUCAACCGAACAGUCCUUCGAUUAGCUUGAUCAUACUCUGCAAUUAUGUAGAAGCAUGUUUGGCUCAAGUACUCAAUAAUUGUUCUGUAGCUGCUCGAGCAGCAAUCCUUUGCAUGCGCUUGUUCACGGAAAAUUUGAGGUUAGUUAAUAUGCUCAUUUCUCGCUGGCUCGCAAUAAAACAGGACAGGUAGAAAUGAAUCAAAAUGAACAUCUUCGUGUAUUUUUGCAUUUCAGAAAACAUUUUGUGUAAUAUUGAUUCAGGAGGAUUUGCAAAAAGCAUAUGAGGAUAAUUUUUCAAACAUCUCACAUUUCCAAUUCUUUUUAGCGCAAAUUAUCGACAAUGAAAACUGCUAGUUGAGACCUUCACCAAUCAAAAAAAAAUUUUCAGAUGCAGCCUAAAAGAGAGUGAACUUCGAUGCGAGCACAUGCAAAAGCAACUCCAAGUAGCAAAUCAGCGCCGAACUCUACUCAUUGAAGAACUCGAUCAGAAUCAACAAAGCAUCGAAAUGAGCUACAAUAGUAGACUGAGGUAAGCUUUUUUUCAAUUUAAAAAUUUCUGAAAAUGUUUGAUCUUCUUCCCAGAGAAAUGGAAGAACGGUGCCGUGCGAGAAUAACCAAUAUGGAAGAGAAACAUCGCGCCGAACGGAGCGAAUUGCAGAGAGAAAUCGAAGUGGUUUGAGACUUUUUCAUAAAUCAAUGCUCAAUUUUGGUUUCCAAAAAGAUUGAAGAAGAUCUAACUCUUGUUCGACACAACGAGACGUUUUUAAAAAAUAAACUCGCGUUACUUGAACGACACAACAAGAGGAUUUCUGAUGAGCUGGCGGAGCAAACUGAAAGUGUCAACCAACUGGAACAGGCCAAUAGACAGCUUCGAACUGAUCUCAACAAGGUAUUAAAAAAGUUUUGAAUCUUGAGAAAAGGGCUUUUUGAGCUCUUUUCUUGGAAAAGUGUGAAAAUAGUUGAAUUUUGAUUCAGAUGAUGAUUCUUAUUAUUUUUUUUUCUCAGAAGCAACAAUUCCGGAUAUCAGAAGAAAACGCAAAGAUGUGGAAGCAGAAAGCUGAAAUGUUAGUAGCACACAAUAAGGUCCGAAUCUUUCCCUGUUUCAAAAAUCAUUUCAAUUUUUUUUUUCCAGUUGCUGAGAGAAAAACUACAGGAAGUCAAAAAAGUUCAAAAAACUGAAUCUUACAAUGAUUCCUUCGUCUUAUGGACUCCAUCUUUUCGUAGUCAGGUUAAUAUUUUUUUUCUUUCGUUUUGGUAUGGAAAAUUUCAUAAUCCGGGAACUUGUGCAAUUGGAUAGGCAUCUGUCCAAUAAGCGCUCUCCGAAAAAAUCGAAAAAUUGAAACAUCUUUUGGUUAAAGAUUUUUAAAUGUUUUCCUGGAGUUUGGUAUUAAUGUCACUGAUACUAAACAACAUUCUUAAUUGAAACGACGAUUUUUAAGAAGCUCCGCCAAACCUUCAGGCUCAUGCUAGCAAAAAAACCGUUAAAAGUUAACUUUUUUCCAUCGGGGGUCCUUGAUUUAUUAUAUCAUGAUUUUUCAAGUUUUUUAAUUUUUUUAAGCUGGAAGGAAUUUUUUUGGGAACUUUCAACAAAAAAAUUUAUUAACACAUUAUGCUUUUCACGUUGAAAGCUGUUUGAACCAAUUUGCUCCACCAAGAAAAAAGUUAGCUUUUUACGGUACUUUCCCUACCAUAACCCUGAAAGUGGGCGGACCUUCUUAAAAAGUGGUGCUUUGUGUUUAAAAUUUUGUCUAGUGUUUGUGACAUUAUCAGCAGGCUGCAGAGAAAAACUUGAAAUGUUCUUACUAAGAGAUUUUCGGAAAUGUCAGAGAACUGGGACAUCACGUUGAACAAAUUCUGAUUUUUUAUUCCUGCAAGAUGAUGACAUUGCAAGGUGAGGAAGAGUAAAAUUCUCCCUUUUUAGUUAAUGCUCAUCCGAAAAAGGCGGUUACAAAAAGGAGACACGCUGUCUGAAAUGGAUACAGAGCCGGAGUCAAUAUUUUAUCGACGACGACAAAAAAGAUUAGUCAAGCGAAAAGACAGAAAACGGCGUUACGAAAAGAUUCAUCAGGUUCAAAGCGUUGCACCAGGUAUGUGCCAAAAACUUCUUAAAAAGGAACUAAAGUACAGAUCCAGCAAGGAGCUCAAACUUUUCGAGUCCUACGAAUUCACGGGUCAAUGUACGAGUUUUCGCAAGGUUUGAUGUAGAUUUCACAGCUUAAAAGUAUGAAACUGUAUAGUGGCGCUCCGUCAAUCAAAAGUGAGGCUUCCCUUCGAUCACAGCAGGAGAAUUCGCUCAAUGAUCGACUUUUAAUUGAAAAACAUGUGAGUAAUGAACAAUUUAUGACAUUAGUCUUUGUGAGAAGUACGCAGAGAAGAUCGUUCCCACGUUGUUCAUAAAAAUGAAAAUAAGUUUCGAGAAUUUCUUGACAAGUUUGAAUCCCGUUUUCAAAUUUUGUCAAGCAUCUGAUGUUUUAUAGGGUGCUUCAAAACGGUAAAUGUUCGAAAAGUAGAAAAAAAAACAGGAAAUACUGUCAAAAAAUAAAAUACGGCUUAUCGAAAUCGGAUGCUUUCAUGAAAAUCAAAAAAAGUUAUGUCGUAAAAAGUGCUAAAAGUCGUAUGAACGAUCUUCAUUCAAGUUUACAGAAAAUAUCAGCGUGUAAAAAGUUAAAAUUUCAGAGUGGAACCGCUGAUUUCAAAGCGACCUCUUCUUUUUCAAAAUCAGCUUCUGACGUUGGGUCUCUCCUGAAAAAGUACGAAAACGACAUCAAGGUUCGCUGAGUUUGAGUUCUUAUUUUUUCGCAUUUUCUGUUCAGACUCUACAAUCGACAAUUUUGUCGCAGAAACAAAACUACGAGGAUCAACUAAACGGCUUCCAAAGACAUCCCACCGUGGUCGACGCGCUACGAAGCGAUUCAUCAGAGAAAAUCUACGCUCUUGGAGAGAAGUAUAGGUGAUUUCAUCGAGCAAGAUCAUUCGAAUUCCAAGAAACCUUUCCCUUAUUCUCACCGGAGUGAUUUCAGGCGAGUUCCGGAAAUAGGCGUCGAGAGCGUGCCCUAUUUGAACGUGGAAAAGCGAUUAACUGGCGCUUACCACAAGUUGAGACAUAUAUUUGUGAAAUAAUAUUUUGAUGAUUAACCUUUCGUUAAGUGUGAUAUAACAAAUUGUCCGUUUACGUUAACCCUAGAUAAAUGAGGGUGCUUUGGUAAAAUCGCCGUCCGAGAUCGAAGAAACUGUUUAGACUUGGAAUGAGUAGGCUCUUUUUUUGGCUCAUUUUAUCUUUUUUUCUCUAAAAACUCUGAAUUAUAAAACUUCAUAUAAAGUAUUUCUACUUCAUUGCGAGAAAAAAAGGUUCAAAAAUUCUGAGAUUUGAAAUUUCGGAAAUUCCCCCAUCAUUAAACUCCCGAUCAGAAGCUUCUGAACUCUGCUUGAAUGCACAAAACCAAGCAAUUGAUCAUUUAAGCGACCAUGCACUAAAUGAGAGAGGUUAAACAAAAAUAUUUUAGCAGUCUUUAUUUUCUCUGGUAGAAACAAUUUUUCUGACAAUAUUUUAUAAAAAUUCGAAAGGUGUAGGUGAAAAAUAUCUCUCUUCUAAAAAAAUAAAGUUCCGAAUAAAAAGUAAAAAAAUAUUUAUAAGACAAUAAUCGACUUCUCGGACAGUUUUUUUAUCACUAUCACCGUUGAUUUUUUUGUCAAUUUUUUUCAAACUCACAAAAAGAAAAAAAUUUGAAUAAUUUUUCUGAUAUUUUUUUCAGACGCCGAUUGUGAACGGCCAGCAGUGCACUCGAUGCGCGAUCGCCGAAUUGAAGAUUUGUGAGCUGGUUCAAGUUUUCGGAAACGGCUUCUCAAAAGACAGUAGCGUCGAAGACCCCACGCCGAGUAAAGAUACAAAUGUCAGUGUUCACAGAAGUUACAGAAAUUCACCUGGUUUUCAGGACAAAACCGCUUUACAAAACGAAGUCACGAAACUCAAGAGUCGACUAGCGACUGCGAAAGAAAAAUUUUCCGAACUGCGUAUGGUUCUGUCAAUGCCGAGCUCGAAUUCCCGAUACACGUUUUCCUUUCCAAAUGGAAACAAAGUAAACGGCAGCUCUAUGCAAAGGCAAGUGGAUAUGAUAAAUUGUCGAUUUGCGUUGUCUUGAGAAAAGUUCUCUAUGAAAGUUGCGGCUGUGAAACAAUCAUUACGUUUCAUGUUUUUGAAAUAAAUGCUAAAUCACGAAUUCAAAUUUUAAUCGAACAUAUUUCUUCAAGCUCAUGAAUAAAUUUUCAAGUAAGCAUAAAUUUUCACUCAUAUGAUAGGCUCUUUAAAGCGCCUCAGAUUCAACCCUAAAAAUAUUUUACUACUACUGAUGUUUAAUUUUAGUUCCUCAAAAAGGCAAUGCACUUUCUCCAAAAGAAUGGUAACAUGAAAAUUUUAUUGCAGCAGUUACGAGACUUUUCAGCAAUUCUUUGGAUCGUCAAUUUUUUUUAGGUUUUCUCCACGUUCGUUCGCCGACCUUUCCAGUGAAGCGACCCCCGAGAAACUGACGAGAAGCUCAAAAGAACGAAUUUCCGACCCUUCACAGUUUCCCCAAUUUCUUCAAAACUCUUUAAUCAAACCUAAAAAACCACCCACUAGCCCUUUAUAGCUGUUUAUGACUAACCAAACCCGAUCAGUUCGUUGUAAAAUAUAUUUCAGGACUCAAAUUUUUUGUCACUUUGCUCUCAUUAACUAUUCUAACGAGUCUUAUUCUAUGUAAUCACGUUUCUGGGUCAGGCAGUAAUGCCAAUUAUUUUUGUCAUAAUUUUUAUUUCCUUGUUACUAGUCAUGCAUGCUGGUCUUUCUUUUUUUGCUACGGCUUUUUUACGAAACAAAUAAACAGCUUUUUCAUGGUUGUAUAGAGCCGCAUUCUAAAAAAUAAUUUUUCUUCCGGUUUCAUGGUUCCUUCAAAACAUAGAAUAUCUCUUUUUUUCAGUCACACAACAAAGAACAAAGCGAGGUACUUGAAAUUAGUUCCGCUUCCGAUUUCUCGAGAAAUAAAGUUAGAAUAAACAAAUGAAAAUUCCGCAAAUUGGCUGAAACUGAGUAUAUCAAGAAAUCGAACUUAAAAAUUACAAUAAAAAACCUGAUGUUUUACUUGAAUCACCGCUACGCCAAGACGUACAAAUUCACGCUAGAAGUUUUGGAUUUUGCUUCCGUUUUGAUAAUAGUCCCAAAGUCAUUAUUGGAACUGCGUCAAGCCAUAAUAAACUGUAAUAUUCUCUUUCUUCUUUCAAAAAGUUAUAUAUGCAUCCUUCAAUGCUUUUUAUGAAGCAAGCUCUCAAGCUUCCAAACUAUCAACAAGCUCCAAAUUCAUCAACUAGAAAAUUCUUGAAAAGAAAGUAUUUCAUGUGAAUUUCUAGAAUUUCGCUGGAGCUUUGCUGAGGUGCCCCUGAGUAACUUCUGACUUUCAAAUAAAAGAUAAAAUUUCGCUAUAAAUUUUAUUUGGAGUGUAACACUGAAAAAGCUGCAAAUAUCAACUUUACUACUUUUUUUUCUUUGUUAUCGAACUUUGAAACCAAAUACCACAAAGAAAGGGGCAUGGCAAAAAGCCUUUUGUUUUAAAAAAAAAUGCUCUAAAGUUUAGUUGACCUCAGUUUUAUCAAAUAACCACCUUUUUAGAAAUCAAAAACAUGUUUUAUAUGUUACUCAAAUAACUAAGAAGGAACAUAAACUUCACGAAAGUCGAAAAAAAGUUACAGCUUCAAAAGUCGGCUGCAUUCGCGGGGUAGUUAGGCCAGACUUUUUUCACUUAGACGUAAUACUUGGUAGAUCAUUUAGAAACAUCGGUAAGGUUGAUGGAAUCAAAUAAACGAAAUCAUGGCAAGACGCAGAUCCGGGAACAGACAGCAACGCCAACUUUUUUAUCCUCUGUGUUCUUUUGAGCCUAUUCGUUUUUUUGAACUCUCAAGGCUUGUUUCUGAUGGAGCACGUCUCGGAUUUCAUCGGACGCGCGUCUGAAAAGACUUUAUUGGCUUGAGCCAGAUUGGAGCGUAACAAGGAGAAAAGCAGCGAAGGGAACGGAAUAUCGAGUGGACGAUGCCCCUCCGGUCAACAGGGCCACUCCACAAGGUGCUUCAAGAUGAUAACCUAGCCUCUUUCCUUCGUUGCGUAUCUUUCGAAUUUUUCACUCUGCAAUCUUAAGUUUCGCUCAUGCAAACUCAAUUCUCUUUACUUGUUGUUUCAAAAAUAUUUCCGCUUCAAAAACUUUAAAAAGUAAACGUUUUUUUUCACAAGAAAGUAGCGUGACUAACUACAAUAGUGUUAAACCAGUUUAUUCACCUGAUACAUAUGAUUGGUUUCUUUCAAACUUUAUCCUUUCAAAAUACGGCAAAAAGUCUAGAAAUUUGUCAUAUCUCCAAACUUCGUGAUCGGCAAACAUUAGCAGAAGACAAUUUGAGAAAGCAAUUGGAUUGAAGUUUUUUUCUACGAUUUAUACGCGAUUUCCAAGUCCUCUAUACAUUUUGUUUGGAGCAGAUCUUCAUUUUGAGUUGCCAUAUUUGCGAAAAAAGUUAUCCAAAUAACAUCUUACUGACUACAUGAAAAGCGAAUAUUUUAUGCUGACUGAGAACUGUUGACUCAUCUUAGCAUUUUAUCACCCUCCUCUUGCUGGCUUCUUUUUCCGAAAUAAAACACAUUUGUACUUUCCAUCUACUGCCCACAUUAAAUCAAGCAUCUGGUGAAGAUUUUCAAUUAUUCUUCCACGCAUCUUUUUCUCCGAAUAAAAUUCCUGAUGGUUAUGAUUUUGAUGAACAUGUUGAAACGUCUUUUUAGGUACGCUCCACUGCUUGAGCAUUCGGUGGUAGUGACUUUACAGUCAAGGCCUCGUUUGAGGCCGUAAUGCUCUCUUUAUUAUCUUUGAUAAUUGCUUCCGGCACUGUUCUGCGGGCAGACACAGAGGUUUGACAGUCAAAGAAAUGAUGCUCUUUCAGAGCUUUCAGCCUUACCAGAAUAUUUCGAAAAAAAUAAUCCUCUUGAUGUCGUUCAAACGUAAUGGCGUAAUAACUCUAGUAAAAGGCAGUAGUAAGAAUAUAUUUCAUGAUCUGAAAUCAGAUAACUUCAAAUUCUGAUCUGAAUUUGUCUUGCUUAGAUGUUUUCCUUAUUUAAGGUUUUUGAUUUUUCUUUCAUCGAAAGAAAAGAAAGGUAUGAAACUAGAACUCCGAAGUAUUUUUUUUCCUUUUUUACGGUGUAAAAGUUUUCUCAAAGCGAGAAAACAUUCCAUCAAUAUCUCACUGUGUUCUCCAUCUAUUAUAUUGGUAGGAAACGUAUUAAUGACGACAAUUAUAUUUUUCAUCGUAGAGUAUCCUUAUAUCAAGAGAGUUACAUUUUUCUGACCCUAAAAAAUUCAAGAAAAAAUUGAAGACAUCGAAGGAAAAUUUUUUAUUCUUGCUUUUAAACUGGAAUCAAAAUCGAUGCUGCAGUUGUGGGAGCCAAGCACCUAUCCGGAUCCACGGACUAACUCCACCGAGUGCAACGCUCCUUACGAAGGAACUCUGUGCGAUCCAGACCAUAUCCUUACGGAUACCUGGAGGCAAACCAUUCUGGACAACGUUGCUCAGCACAUGAAAAGUUGGAUUCAUCUGAAAAAUGGACAAAAAAUUAUCAUGUACAGACCUUAUGAACGCCAACAUCCAUUACACGGCAGAAGCCAGCGAUGAGUGCCACUCAAACACUACGGAAGGUGUGCAACUGUUCGUUAUCCUGGCAAAACGAAUCCACACUUCGAGCAACCAGAGCAUCACCAGUAACGACUUGGUUCGUUUUGACAGUUAGCAAGAAUAUUUCGGAGACGGGAGGCUUUUUUAUAAUCGAGAAAAACGGACAAGAGGUUAUGAACAUGCAUUAUGUGAAUACUGCUCACAAAAACCUUUCCAUGAGAAACUCCGGGAGUCCAAAAGUAUGCGAGACGCUCUUGCAUUAGAGUUUUGAUAUCCCAAACGUGCCAACCUUCAAAAAAAAAUUUGCGUUCAAUGAAAACAAUUACUUAUAAUUUUCUCGCAUUUGUUCGAAUUCAUAGGGUUUUUGGAAAAAAAAUUUCAUUUAAAAGAAAAAUAAUUUUUUGCACGUAGAGCUAUAAGCAAACAUCAAAUUUUUGAUCAGAUUUUUUCCAAAGCAACUAAAAGUUUGUUUACUUUGAUUUUUAGUGUUCUAAAGUUUUCCAAAAUUGCGUUUGACUUAAUAAGAAGAAAAAUAAUUAAGAACUUUCACUUUUUUUUUUGAAAUUUCACUGCAGGAACACAAAGGAAAAAAACAAGCGAAAUUCGCAAGGCAACUUUUGGUUUUUUUCAUAUAGCUAGGGAGCUUUCCGACGGCGACGUUCCCGACGAAUCCCUUCCCGAUUUUUUUUUUCUCGAUAAACUCUCCGUUUCAAAUCUUCCUGUAAAAAAAGUAGAUAGUUGAUUCAUGAUUAAAACACAAAAAAACUGAAAAAAAUUCUAAUAGAUAUUUUAUAAACCAAAAAAAUGAGAAAAAAAGUCGGAAAGUUCCCUAGCGAUAUGAAAAAAAUCGCAAAAAAUCGCCGUUCGAAAGUUCGCUGGCUUUUUUUCGGCGUUUGUAUUGAAGUUUUCGAGAAAAAAACAAAUUUAUCUCACCAAUUUCAACCAAAUUAUAGACUUUGUUCGGCCAUGGACUGCGAGACGCUUUUGGACUGGACAGUAUGCCUUGCAAGAAUUACGUUCUCGUGCUCGGAGUGGAGCACGCCAAACAAAUUUAUGUUUGGGUGAGUUCAGUCUCGAAACCAAAUUUAGCAUAAAUUCCAUUGGUCCAGUUACAGACUGGCUCCGACCUUGCUGUGCCGAAAGAACAAUUCGACAGCUCUCUGGAACAGUACAAAAACCUCUUCACUGAACGCAAUUAUAUGGAAGGACUGAACAAAAUUGUUGAUGAAAUUGUGGCGCUUCUUCUAGAUCCAUUCAAGGUUUUCAUUUUAUUUUUUCAAAACCAAUAUGUUUGGGAAAAAACAUCAGCAGUUUUUCUUCGGAAUUCCGAACUAUGCCUUCUGGACGCCUAAUUGCGAGUUUUUCUGUUCUCAUUCUCGAUUUUUCUGUUCUCAUUCUCGAUUUCAGGAAAAUACAACUACAGAAUUGAACUUGGAAACAACGGAAGCUUCUGAGUCUUCCACGACGGAAACCACAACUGGAACUAACGCUCCAAGUAGUGCGAUUCCUUUGUAAGUAACCGGGAAAGUAUAGAAAGCAAUAUAAAAUAAAAUUACAAAUUGAUAGCUAAAUUUUGAGCACUUAUUUCAUUCAAAUGGAACCGACCAUAAAACUGUUCUCGUGCCGCAAAAUCAAAAAGAAAAGAAAUUUUUUCGAUGGUGGGUAGAAAGUUGAAAGGUACUUUGUUAUCUAUAGUCUUUGUCUUUCAAGUCGGGAAAAACAGACUAGAGCUUCCCUCUGUUUUCGUAACAAAAUUGUUUUUGCAUUAAAAAAUACCGCUCCAAAAAAAAACUUUUUGGCUUUAUGAUAUGUGUAGGUUACGAAAUUCGAAGUGUCAGCACAAAAAAGAAAUUCACAGAAAGAAAACUUUUUUUUUGAAUUUGAAGAUUCAAUAGUCCGUCUCAGCCAAGUUUUCUCAAAACUCUAAUUAAAAAAGUAAAAGGCGCGUGAUGUCGAAAUAAAUUCUGGACGUUUCAGGUGGAUUUACGUGACAAUAACCGUUUGCCUUUGCUUGAUGACCGCAGCUUUGAUUAGCAGUAUCGCUUUUUUAUAUAUUCGAUUUUUUUCGUCUGGACGACGAUCCGGAAAAGUCUAUCCCAACAAACAUCUAUCGACGGAUUCUAUGUAAUUAUUGAAUAAAAAGAACAUUUUGUAUUUUUCAGUUCACCUCCCAUUCAAAAACCGACAAGAUCCGGAGACGUGUUCCGUAGACCCGGAAAAGUCAUCAAAUGACUCCCAUCGUAUCAUUGACAACUUCGUUGAAAACGAGGACAAUGUGUUCGUUUUUUUCUACGUUGGACUUAACUUUAUAAAAAUGAAUAAUCAUCGGAGAUUUUCAUAUUUUUUCAGAAGUGUCGACGACAUGCAACAAAAAAAGACGACGCAAUUCAGGUUCAGGGAAUUUCUACGAAAGUAUGCUUCUAGAUAACUUUCAAAAAAAUUUUUGAAACUUUAACAAUUGAAAAAAAUCAGAAUAAACUGUUUUGAAAGGGGUAAGUACUUUUGAAUGAGCCCUUUUUUUCAAAAAAAUAGUAAAAAGUUAGCUUUUUAAUGAUUUAAAAAUCUUUUUCUAAGAUUUUUUUGAAUUUCAAAAAGAGAAAAAAAUAGUCAAAGGUUUUGCUUCGGAUCAAUAAUUCCGCUUCAACCAAGUCUUGUCACCACAACUUCUUUGAAUUUUCAAAAAUUAUGAGCUUGACCAAACUAUAAAAUUUUUUUCAUUUCUCUUUUUCAAGGAACUUUUUAUACCUUAUAGUGCUUUUUUUGAGUCAUGUAUCUACUGGGCGGUAACAACACAUCCUGGUAGCUGCGACUCCGCAAAAUAUUUUUGUUGUUUUUAGAGAGAAUAAUAAGAAAGACGUCUACAACAAAUUUUGAGACUAUUAUUAAUGGAUAGUGCAAGGCGCCGCUUUGGAUAGUUCUUGGAAUUCAACCUGUCAAGUACCGACGAUUGAGCAGGUUCUUGGCUAUCUACAGCUGUUAUAGCUUAUCACAACUUUUCUCAACUUUCUGUUCUACAACAAUAAAGCGACGCUGUUUGCUAAUCAAAAAAAGUUCCACAAACUAGUGUGAUAAAGUUUUAAAAACAUCAAAACUAAAGAAUUCACGUUGUUUUCUGUAUUGCGCUUUGCGGAAGUUGCAAGUUUUUAAAAAAAAAAACAAGAAAGACGAAGUUCUUUCAUUUUUGCAACCCUCACCGUGCUAAGUUUCAAAGCCCCAAGUAAUUCCGGAUUUUGUAUCAUCCACUCAGUUUUUUUUGUUGUCACAUGGUCAUUUACUAAGAGGAUUUUUGUUUAAAUCAGCAAACCCCAUUACCUUUCUGAACAACCCUAUUAACUUGUUCACAGAAGUAUGUGUGAUUACGAAAUUUUACUUUUAUCUAAAAUCAUAGGGAUGGAUAACGGUGAUUUGGAAGUUUCCAAGAAGGAAUUUCUUGGAAAAAAAAAUUUAGCAAAAUUAUUUUGAGAGCGCAGAGGGAAAUCACCUCAAGUCGGAAUUAUUAGACCACAGAUCCAAUUUUUGGUGAAACCCGAUUCUUCUUGUUGGAAUCAAAACUUCCGUUUUCCUCUUCUGAUUACGCGUCUUUCAGCUGGAUCUCUGCGACGGACGCCUUCUAACGGACCGAGUUGUCGCCCGGCGCAACAGCGAGACAUACGUCGCUUCUCACAGCCAAGACGACCAAUUUUCCUCCUUGUAG